CAGAGAGUUGCAUUCGUACGUAGAGAUCUCUCCUUUCACAUCUGUGUAUGCACAACGAGUCAACUCAGCCAGUGAGCCCGUCCUAGUGUAUCUGCCGGGUCGAAUCCGAUGGGGAUGGCGGAUCCGGAGAACACGAAGCUCGGUAGGAUGCUGUUGGACGAGAUCAGCCCGGCUGUGAUGGUGCUCCGUACGCCGCUUGUAGAAGAGUCCUGCCGAACAAAUGAUUUAUCCCUCAUUCAAAUGUUGGCUCCCUUCAGCACUUUCAGUAACAUCGACGUGCCAGUCAGGACGGCUAGUGAUCAACCGUACAGAUUGAGGAAAUUCAAAUUGAGACUCUUUUAUAAUUCGGAUAUUCGGCAGCGGAGUACUGAGGCUGCAAAGGAGAGGUUAAAACAAGUAAUCACUAGUGCGGAAGAUAAAGAGAUAUCCGAAAUCUGUUCACAUCAAGAAGAAGUUGAGUCUGUUAUAAUGACCUCUCCUCAGGAGUUGGUGCCAUCAUGGUUUCAGAAUUUUAACAAAGAGCUGCUAGAUGCUGCUGCCUUCUCAGAACAUGAAGCUUUUGAUCACCCCGUGGCUUGCCUUGUUGCUGUCUCUUCAAAGGAUAAAGAUCCUAUAGGAAAAUUUGUUGACUUGUUCAACACAAAUCAGUUGCCUCAUCUUCUCAACGAUGGUGCCAUGGAUCCUAAUAUUCUGAAGUAUUACUUGCUGGUACACGAUAAUCAAGAAGGCAUGCUGGAAAAAGCUACCGGAAUUCUGGCAGAAAUGAGGAGUACAUUUGGUGCAAAUGAUUGUUGUCUCUUGUGUAUAAACUCUUCCAUCAAUGGCAAAGAAGAACAUAAACAGAAUCCAUGGGCAUCUCAUAAAAGUAGUGCUUCAAAUGAAAAACAAUUUGGUUGCUUCCUCAGCAAGGAUGAUAUAGAAGAGUUGAAAAAGACCAUGCAUGAUUUCUCAUCUAAACAUAUAAUCCCUCUUAUGGAGCUGAAACUCCGUGUUCUUAACCAGCAGGUUUCAGCGACAAGGAAGGGCUUUAGAAACCAAAUAAAAAACUUAUGGUGGAGAAAAGGAAAAGACGAUGUACCUGAGAAUCCCAGUGUGCCUAUGUACACCUUUAACUCGACUGAAUCUCAGAUAAGAGUGUUGGGUGACUAUGCUUUUAUGUUGCGAGACUAUGAACUUGCAAUCUCGAAUUAUCGACUUAUUUCUACAGAUUACAAACUUGAUAAAGCUUUGAAGCAUUAUGCUGGUGUUCAGGAGUUGAUGGGGCUGGCUUAUUUUAUGUUGGAUCAGUCAAGCCAAGAUGCUGAGUACUGCAUGGAAAAUGCAUUUACCACAUAUGUGAAAAUUGGUUCAUCGUGUGGGCGGAAUAUCACCCGCUGUGGAAUUUGGUGGGCUGAGAUGUUAAAGGCUAGAGAUCAGUACAAAGAUGCUGCUAGUGUCUAUUUCCGAAUCUCUGGUGAGGAACCCUUGAGAUCUGCGGUCAUGCUUGAGCAAGCUGCAUAUUGCUUCUUGAUGUCUACACCAGCCAUGUUAAAGAAAUAUUUUUUUCACCUUGUUCUGUCUGGUGACCUAUACAAGGAAUCUGAUCAGAUAAAACAUGCAGUGAGAACAUACAGAGGUGCCCUUUUUGUCUUCAAAGGCACAGCAUGGAGCCACAUCAGGGAUCAUAUCCAUUUCCAUAUUGGAAAGUAA